AUGACGGCGUCGGUGGCUAACGCACUUCAUCAGUCGGAUAGGUUUCGGAUCGACCUUGGAAGUUGCAGCUUCACAUCGCAGUUUGCCGAUAUAUACAACCGUCGUUUGCUGACCGCUAGACCGGCCCUCGAGGCCUCUGCGUGCAAGCGCUGGGGCGCCUCGAAGUCUGCUGGUGCCAAUCUUCCUUUUCGCUCCCUGGCCGACAUUCAAACCAAUGAGGAGUGCGUUAUCAUCGGAACACUAUACAAGGUUUGCCGUUUUAUUACCAUCUAAACCGAAUUGCAUGACUUAUUCGUAACAUGCUAAGUUACACGGAAGUACUCCGCUUCCCCGCUGUCAAGUAAAUACUUCAUUUUGUGGACCAUUCACACAUACGUAUUGCCCUUAUUAAUAAUUAUUCAGACUUUCCUUUCGGUUGAUAUGGCAAACAUCAAUGAACUCCCGCACUUAACCCUCAUAUGCACAAUAACCUGCACCGGUGAACUUGAUCGAGGGUCCACGCACCUCCUCAACAUCUUGAAAAGCAGGCCCAGCUAGCGGGUGGGUCCCAAUCGCUUCAAUUAUGGGGAUUUUAAAUUAGUUGACGUGUCUUUCUAGCAGGUGAAGACUGAAUCAUGUAAACAUGGGGUUUUUGUCCAUUUUUAAUUCUCUAUCAUUAGGCUGGCAGAUGCGUUGGCUCGUCCACGGGCGGCGGAUAUCGGGACGCUCCCAAUGAGAGCCGGUUGUAACUUCGGACCUUUAGUAAACAAGUUUCUCUACUACCGUCGGUUUAUGUACGCAUCAGCAUCAACUGCCGGCUAGCAUGAUAAAAAGCCCUACUUGUAGUUUCAACAAUUAUUGAACUGUUAACUAUUGCCAAGGACUGGUUGGGCAGGCGACUCUUGAAACAACCACCUUAUCGGCCGAUUUGGGCUUGACCCUCGAUGUUGAACUUCGUGGAACAGAACCCAAAUAAUUCCAGCACUGUCUCAAACACCCGCUAACCCGUUUUUCGAGUGAUGGUCGUGCAGCCAGUCGCAUUGACUACAUCCUAGUCGGUUAAAUGUUCCACAGCUGAGUUCGUGCAAGCAGAUCGAUACGGGGUUCCAAAACUAACCACCCUCAUGGGUCAGAACAUGUUUUCGUUCGCGCAUGUCUCAGGGUUCUCCUCUCACUAACUCCAAAGUCGUUCGUACUAGGUGCUCCAGUACGACAAUUACGACAAUGCAACAUAACUGAAAUCCUGAACACAAAACUGCGGUUUUACUUUGAGUCCAAGGAGAUGAAAAUGGCAGAUAGUUAUCAUUAAGGUCCUCGGUUCAGUCAAAGGAGAUGGAAUCGGCAGAUAGUUAUCAUUAAGGUCCUCGGUUCAUAAGGUUGUUAAGGAAAUUCGCUUAUUCAUCCAGUGGCAUCGCAAUGACUGGCUCCCCACUUAACAGCUAACAGCUCGAGCCAAAUCUUUCGACGAGGAUUCAUCCCAUUAAGUCCGGAGCAUGAUGACAAAGUCACCUAGUGAUGACCGCGAGAACUAUUUUUGCUGAAGUGGUUACCCCCAUGAAGCAGUACCCAAACGUCUUCGGGACUCAAUGACUGCCCUUUCAAUUUAGUAAAUCCUCGAGGUGUGACUGACGGUCUUGUUGCCGACAACUCACGGAAGACCAAACGCUGUCGUAAGCACUUUACGCAGCUUUACAAGGCAUUACCUCUCUCUGCAGUAGUUAUCCAUCUCCAGUUCAUAGAAUGUCGUGUUAGCCGCCAUCCCUGGAAGAAUUCACUGAUACAAUACUCGUGCUGUCCGCCAAAAACACGCACCUAGUCAGCAGAAUCCCACUGACGUCUGCAAGUCAUUUUUCGCGCUAGCGUCCUGGCCUUGUAAGGGGAGUUAGCAAGUCGAGUGAAAUGCGAUCGUUCCUGGUGUUUUGUGUUCGGACACCCUCGUGUCUAUCUUAUAUACAAGAAAUAAGACGUGUGAAAACUAUGGCAACGGUCAUCUCGUUGACGUUGUUGCAUAGAUAUUUCCCUGUGAUUCUCAGACGGCUUAAUCGUGUGCGUGACUCGAAGACGAUACCCAACCAAACCGGUAUCCGGUCUGCACAUGAGUGCAUUGGCCAAACAUUCACAGUCCGGUGCAUUCCUGAAUUCCAUCUGAUCAUCAGUAGCCUAUGGCCGUCUUUUUGUCGACUUCGCCGUAGCGUUCGAUUCCGUUCACUGUUGGUCCCAGUGGCAAGUAAUGGAACCAGUCAGCCUGCGAACGAAACGGUCGCCAUGAUCGAGGUUUGUUAUUACUCCAACACUGUUCGAGUUCUGAUCCACACCAGUCUCCUGGCCCUUCGAUAUUCGUUCUGCCGUUCAGCAAUCUUGCAUUCCGUUGCUUGCCCCGUUUAACCACACACAACUAGAUUCCCGGAAGGACUCUAGACGGCUCUUAUGAUAUCGAGUUUGCAACUAGAGGCUGGCCGACUGAUAAUGUUCUCGUUGUCAAUGUUAGUGUCGGGUCAUACGGAAUUCAGUGUCUCGAAUGCAUGGGGCCGUUAAACUAGUCAGUUUGUCCGCAAACAUUGUGGAAACUAGUGCUUUCCGAGUCUCAUUUUUGAUCGGGGAGAUGCACUUGUAUUUACUUGUACUUGAUAUGGCUGUGAUCAUGCUUAAUCUAGCCGGCCUCGAUGAUGUCACGAACUGUACCUCUCCACGUUUGACGAUCAGCGACAGCAGAUCUGGACAGCUCAACCCAUUCCGUUUGCCAGCGACGUAGACCGAAUACCGAAGGGCCAAGAACCACCUCCAUGUCUUGACGAACUGUGUCGAGCCAGGUUUUGAACUGACCCCCUCUUCGACGCCCCCAAUGGGUCAACGGUGCUGGAUCGAGGGCAGUAAUACUGAGCUCCUGAGGUGGACGACGAAGAACAUGCCCGAACCACUUCAGUCGUCUUUCUUGGAUGGCCUGAGUUAUCCUUUCGAUGUUGCCGCAGUGAGCGCGGACUGUUUCAUUUGAGACGAAGUCGGUGAACUUCACUCGAAGGACGGUCCUCAAGCAGUGGUGGUCACAUAUCUCCAGUUUUCGCUCGUCCUCCACGCGCAAAGCCCAACAUUCACAACCGCAAGUAGCAAGAGGUCCGUUUGUUGCCAUAGGGCGGUCGCCACACCGUGUCGACCAGAAGCGUCGCGCGCGGGGGGAUGCACCCUCGUAUUUAAUGCUUGCCGGUCUGGAUAAAUAUGAAGUUUCCAAUAUCUCUGGGCGAAGUUGUUGUCAAGUGGACAGAGUAGGGAAGACUGUUCUCAGGAGCCUCGCAGGCCUUCGAAGGGUGUGUAGACCUCUUGGGAUAUCAUAGUCAGUAUAUUUGGAGUAAAUGACAGGAGCCCUUAAAACUCCAUUUAAACGGCACAGAUCUGCAUGAAAAGUAGUUGGGUUGCGAAAAUUUUUGCAUGUAGUUUUGGUAUGCAGAAUACAUAAAACCAAUGACGAAGUACAAAUGUGAAAAGGGUGCGACAUUGGCGAAAUAACGGCGAAGAAAACACGUUCACCGCAUUCGGACUGGGAAAUUUUCAUCUGGGUCAAUUUUAAGGUACACAAAACGAUCCGUUAAACUCGUGUCAGCAGUAUGUUGGCAGUCAUUUUAGUAAUCCACUAGAUGGGACUUGGGGAGCUCGCGAGUAUCCAGAUGUCCCUUGAACACACUCAUUAUAGGGGAAUGUGAACUGUACGUCGGUAAAGAAUUCCAUUCGCGAAUGACUACAAGUAAAAGAAGGAGCGUUGAUUGAUGUGUCACAGUUCAUUUUUAAGCUGCUAAUCAUGUCGUCUGAGACUCGAUUUUGGUUCCAUUUCAAAAAGAGUUUUCCAGUCGACAUCCAGAUCAAGUCCUCUUAGCAACUGAAACGUUGCUAUGAGGUCACCUCCGUCAUGCCUGUAGUGGGAGGGAUAGAGGUUCAAGCUCUUCAGGCGCUGCUCGUACGUAAAAUUUUCUGAGUUCAUGCACAACCUUUGUAGCACGUCGUUGUACACCUUCAGGAAUAUCUUUGUCCUUCCGAAGCCGCGGACGUCAAGCCGGUAUCGCACAAAUGCCCCACAUACCUUGCCAGAGACAUCUGCAUUCGAGUUAAUAGAUGUCCUUCGUAUCGCGCGCAUGAUUGACAUUGCCCACGCUGCGACUUUAGGACACUGCGUGAUGACGCUUAAGUCCUCUUUUAUCAAUACGCUAAGGUCUUUUUGCAAUUUACGGCCUCAAGUGGUCGGUUGUCCAGGAGAUAAUGUCGUGAGGGGGCGUUUGUUCUUCGUCUAACCAUCAGGAUUUUCGCUUACUAGACGUCUGUGCAGUCAUUCCUUUACGGUUAGGAUUUCUGAGCUUCUUUAAAUUAGCGCGCAGUAUGUCAUUUAGCAUACUCUAGAAAUGAUUGAUUAGAACAGCACAUACGUCUAAACGAUUUGCGGGUCUAAGCAUCGUGUGGUUACUCCGCCGACGUUCAAAGUACUCGACUCGAAUGCAUUCGUAAAAAGCGAAACUGGACCUGAUAAACCUAGUUUCAGUCGCUUGUCCCUACAUUUACUCAGUGAUUUCAGAUGGAGGUAUUACUUUCGUAUUUGGAACUGCCAACUUAUUCUGGCUGACAGCUGUUAAGUGUAGGGCUGUCCCGACCCUGGCCGGAAAAUAAUUUAGUUUUAGAAGCACUUACAAUUAACUUGGAACCAAAGUCGUCGGGGUGACAGGGAACCCGCCCUAUUCCUCCAUCCUGUCUGGUAGGGUUCCUGAUUCAAUUUAAUAGACUAAUUUGUCAUGUCCAGUCGCGUCUCGAUGGGAAGAGAAUUUGUCUUGCCCGAACCUUGAUGAUCCCAUGUAGACUGAGAUCAAAAUUAACUUCACUAGUGCCCCCAGCAGCGGUCGAAUUUGUACCGAGUUCGCCAAUGGCCGUCUGUUCGCGUCUGUACCAAGCUGAACUAACCAAUCGCAGCACGCGUAUUUCCUAUAAGCCCUCAUGUCAGUAUUCCUGAGACUAGUCAUACGCCAGCUUUGAAAGGAUUCGAUAGGCGAAUUGCGACUCGCAUUUCAUUACUAUCAAGAUAUUACUUACCAAAGUCUCAGUAUUCUCUUUAUCCCAUUUAGCUCAACCUUCCUUGGUAAUGUCGGACGGUCUGGCAUGUCGACACUGUUUUUAGCCACUUGGCUGGUUUCCCCCGAAUCCACCUACGUAGUAACUUGUCUUGGUGUAUAUUUACGACAGAGUCAUUAGAGGUUCUAAUGCGCGAAUGAUGUCACACACACACACACCCCAUUGGUCCGCCUGCCCUUUUAAUCACGGUGAGGGCUAUACUCAAUUUCCUUCCAAAAUUUCGUAAAUUAGAACCGUUUUUGCCCAAACGCCUCUUUCACCGCAUACAUCCCACCUUUCAGGAGAUGAGUCUCAGGCCAAGCGUCAUUCGCCAACUGGCCGAGUUGGAGCAAGGGGGCAGCAUAAAGUCUGGACUCGUACCUCUCUUUGCUGACGGUCUCUCCAGACCCCGACUCACCACCGCUGAGGAUCAGGUCUUCCUGGAGGAUGAAGUCCAGCGGAUCGCCCUGUCUGCCUCCGAUUCGGACUUCUUCGAGGACUGUCGCCUGAUUGCAGCCCACUUGGUCACAGGCGUAGUCGUGGCUCUUCGCGGCCGAGAAUUGGAGUCCACUCCAGGUCGGGCUCUCCCGCUCCCUCCCCCCUCUCCCUCUCCGUUACAUUCUCCGCUCCGUGUGCCUCACCUCUGAUUUCCGCCUUUUUUGAUCCCUUUCUUCCAACAGGAACUUUCACAGUCUCAGAUGCGCUCUUUUUGGAGCCUGGUCCAGAGCAUCCAAUCACGACGAGCAGCGUUGCAGACUUGACCUACGCAAACUUCUCUUCUCUCGGACCCUGUGUCGCCUUUGUUUCCGGUCUGGGCUUUGUUGGCACCGGUUCUGAAGUCAGUGAGAGCCAUUCCCUGGCCCUCACUCUACUUGGCGACUGGUUGCGUGGAGCUAUCACGCUAUCAGAUACCUUUCCUCCCUUGGUGAAACUGAUGAUUCUGGGUGACUCCAUCAGACCAAUGGGCGUUACGGAAGGCGAAACAGUCGGUCUUAUUCAGCAGGUUCGCUUCGUUUGCGACUUUUUGUUUCCCACUGUCCCCCUACUGCUUGAUCAAAGUUGAACUGCUGUUUUCCCGGAUAUCUCGUUUUGUGGGGCUUGAUUUUUUGAAUCAGUUGAAAACUAAAUGUGCGAUUCAGAGGGCAGAUAGAUAUCCUGUAGUUCAUGUGCUCGAAGGCGGAAGUCAUCCACUCUUCCGGAGUGCCUUUCUAAAGCUCUGUGACUGUACCGGACGGCGGUCGAAAUUUUAUUUUACAGUGUUGUAAUACCGUAAUGACCUGUGAACUUUUGCCGAUAGAAGCGAACAGGCGAGUUCCAGGAAGCAGUGCAGGAGGAGAAGAUGCGAUCACUAGAACAAUAAGUUUAUUGGCCUGGCGUUUCGAAUACUCACUCGAACCCAUCAUCAGAAACAGUCGCAAAUAGAGGUAGGGGAGGCACAAGGAGUGCACUAUUUAUAGUACCUAGCUGCCGUGGAACCACAUGCGUACUAUAAUUAACAGCACUCGCGAUCACUGCCGGGGGUAGUCGCAAUUAGUGCGAUGCUGGCCUGUCAGUCGGCUUCCGGGUCGUUAAUUGCCGCAGUUUCAUCAUCCGCGUUGGCUGUUGGCGUGACGGUUGCUCGACCAUUUGGCUCGCUGUCACUAGGAUUAUUGCUCGCCCGCGCCCUCCCCACAUGAGCGAUUCCCCUGUCCAGUGAAAAUCUCAGCACAGAAUACGGUGACGGGAGGUCAUUGCACUUGUUGGCGGGUUGCGGGCCUGAGAACCAUGACUCACUAUUUACUUGGUUAAGACCCAGCCAGACUCAAGGUCAUAACCGCCGUUUGACCCGCGACUGCUUGUUAGUCAAAUCCGAGAGUGUGCGAGUCUCUUUAAAGGCUGCUCUACUGUCCGCUGCCUGCGGAAGCACGGCUAAAUCACCAUUCAGACUCCGCUGAAACUAGUAAGCAUGUCCUCGUGGUGCAAAUGCCUUACCGUCAGGGGUAUUAUUGACUGCAACUGUCAAUCUCCUCCAAGCAAUACUUCUGCAUUGCAAUCACAGCAGAGAAGUCGCACGCCCUCCUGGUCAGGGCACUAAUUGCUUCGCAGGCGUAGCUGCGAAAACUCAGCUUCAGUUUAUCAAGGGAAAUAUAGGCGAGCGCCCUUGAACUCCCUAUUGGUUACAAGUCGUCGGAGAAAAAUAUUGAUAAGCGGGAAGGUGAAAAAGUGAUUUUGUAUAUAAUCGCGGACAGCCGACAGUUGGUCGAAAAAGAGUAAUCAUUAACGGUUACUUGCUAAUUAAAAGUAGUAUAAACACGUCUAAGUUUUUCCGGUUAUGUGGGUGGAUGUGAGGCUGGUAAUUGGGAAGCUUGGUGCGCGUCAAGUCUACGCUUGAAGGAAUGCACACGGGAGAAGAUUACAACAUCGGUAGGCAGGGCAGUUGGUGGAGCACUUGAAGGUAAAGGUUCGUGUCUGCCUUGCCGCCUAAAACAUGCUCUACUUCUGCUCACUGUUUGUCUGUCUAGUCAAUGCUGUGAUCACGCGGUAGCAACGGUCUCUAAUCUAGCUCGGUUGCAGGAUGGAAGACGAGUCAUCUAUUCUUCCUUGGGGGCCUCAGGUAGCAGUCCCCAAAGCCGACUACUUAUUGGUCGUCAACAAUCACUCCAGAGUGAGGCUCACUAAAUAGGCACUAACAAAGAGCGUGUUUGUUUCAGCUCAGCUACCUAUGAGCCAAUAUCGGUCCAUAAAACUUCUACUGUUGAGGCUACUUCCGCUUUGACUUUGCUCCAUUAUGCCAUACUGAAUCUUCUUGACUUAUUUCUGUUUGCGGUUAACAUGCACGCAUUUACAUCCCCACCCUGUUAUCUACCCUCUACCACCCGCCGUCAGGCUCGCUAUCUGACUCGCAAGACCGAUGCGGACUCGGUGACUGCGAUGCACCUCUUCGACUCCUGGUUGGCUAACCUGCCAUUGGGUCCUGGUGCUAGCGAUACAACACCAACAGUCAUAAAUGGCCUCUCGGUGGACAUACUGCCGGGCCCCUCAGACUGCGUGAGCCACAUGCUUCCACAACAGCCUCUGCAUGCUGCUAUCUUGCCGGAGGCCGUUCGCAGGGCUGGAGGUGUUGGAACCGGUGCCUUGCGCAGUACCACAAACCCCGUGUACACUAAUAUCUGCGGCCGGACCAUUCUCGCGACUUCGGGGCAGGCGAUCGCGGAUCUUUUGCGGUGGGUCUCUCUGGUUUUUUUGCUCUUGUCGGCCCGGCCUGUGAAAAAUCCACUUGUGUCCGAUCGACGGAUUCUUGCCUUGGCGCUACAACACCAAGAAUAGAACCAUAGCUCUGCAUGCAUUUAAGCAAGGAGUGCUGUCGAGCACGGUCCAUCUGGGUGGGCGCCCCUCUACCAUUGUACUGUUAGACUUCUCACCAACAGGUCGCGGGAUCGAGCCCCAGGUGUUCCACACUUUGGGAUUGGAUGUGGUUGACUGACGACGGCCAGAACUGGCCACUCCGGUCUCCCUUGUCUUAUUCGGUAAUGACAUUCUGCCCAUAUCAUGCGCCGUUGUGUGGCUGCUGGUUGGGCUCGAGAGAGAGAGAGAGAGAGCCCGUAAGGCACAACGGGACGAGUGAGUUCUGCAAGAAUGAUUGGUGAGCGCCCCUCUACUACGGUCCAUCUCGCUAUGACGAACUCAAGUCGGACGUUGUAAAAAAUGUCUAUAAAUAUGUUGCUAGCAUUAUUUAAGUAGCAUGUUUAUUGCAGUAAAUUGGCAUGGAAUUGCAUACCAACCGGCAAGACUGUCAUCGAUUUAGCCUUCCCUACUGGUUCGAGUCGUACGACUCUCAAUGCGCCGUGCUAGAUUCAAGCGCGUCAGGUGUAUUAUAAUGAAGAGGACGCUGAUGUGCCGUGCAGAUGGAUUCCCUAGUUUCAGCCUCGCUCCUUUUUCUCCCAAGCUCUUAGAUGUCGACUCUUCGAGCCUGCUAGCCAACUGUUGAUGCGAUUGGGCGUGGCGACUGACAAAUCCUAACAGACCAUCUACGCGUGCCACGUGCGGCCUCCUCCCCAAUACAUGUAUCAGGCUGUUCGCGUCAACAACUCGCAAGAAGGGCCAACAGUCUCACUUAGUUCUUAUUUCACAAUCACUCCAAGUAGUUCAUCCGGUCCGGUAAAUUUGGCCAACACCAAAACCCGUCUCGAAAGCCAAACCUCUGCAAGUUUACGUGUUUAAAGCAGGCAUAGACAGCAGAAUUUAAUGGUACCAGAAAAUUUCGCGACGGCUUAUCAACUGCAGCCUGUCGUUGCAUAACACAGAUAACAAGUGAGAAAGAUACAGAGGUUUGAACUUCCACAGAGAAAAUCAAUGGAAAACAGCAAGGUCAUUGUAUACUGCACGUAGACUAAUCAAUGAAAUGGUAACUUGAAAAACACAACAUAGGAAAGAAAAUGGGGAAGUUAACACGCAGAGGGAUUUCGUAAAUCAAAAGGGCUCAGAUCUACCAGGGCAAGCUGAGGUUGACCACGUGGUCUAACUGUUUACAUAGGCGGGUUUUUCCCGCCGCAUGUAGGCUGCCUCCAGGUAGCGCAGUUGUUCGUGCUCGAACCAAUACUCGAAAAGAUGUUUUGGGGUCAACCGAAUGGGCACUAUGAAUGAGAUGUUUUGUAAUAAAAGACCGUGGAAUCUUAUUCUCCUGCUUUAGAAGCCAUUUAGGCAGGUGCUCAACUUCCCUGGCUGCCAGUUGCCUUGGCGUUCGCCCAAUGUACUUGCAUCCACAAGUGCAUGUGAAUUCGUAGGCACAAUUUGACGUGGCGUGCAAUGGCAAUGCAUCCUUCGCCCGUGGAACUUGGAUAGCCAUAGUUGGGCUGCAGAAUAUUAGUUCAGCUGAAUUGUAAGUUCUUUCAAUAGCACAUCUCAAUCGCCGCUUGAUGGUAUUUGAGAUGCUGUCGCCCAUAAAGGGUAAGGAUAUUACAACGGGCUUUUUCGGAACUCAUUGCUCCGUCAAUUUUGGCCCUAAAGUGUUGCUAUACUUUUUUGAUGAAUCGUGUUGAAUAUCCCCGUUUAAGCAGGGCUGUUUUGAGGCAAGUUUACAUGUGUCCCGCCAGCCCGUCUUCUACUUUAGCUGGAAAUAGCCGUCCAGAGUUCCACCCGGUCGCGCAGCGAAGAAGAGCUGGAAAGUAUUGUCAACGGGUUUGGCGUAAACGCAGGAAAUCAAGGUGGCAGCAGGGGAAAUAUUGCGAAAAGUUAGGCGAGCACGCCAGGAAAAAAACAAGACAGCCACCAAUCGGUGGAUGACAAUUUAGAUGCAAGAGUGAAAUGACAGUGGGACUGCCCCACGCCAGGGUGGCACCACCUACCGUGAUGUUAGAAGAGAACUUGGCCAUGUAGGUGGUGAAGGUGGAGUCCAGGGUUCUCUUAAUGUCUGUGAGAGACUUUUGCGAUUUGGUCACCACGGGGACCGUCUUCUCCGUGGCGGAGUCAGGUGCCGGCGUGGUAGGCGGGGUGGCCUUCGGAACACGACCCAUGACGGGCAGGAGGCAGUUACAGCGUGCAUCACGGUUGUGCCGGGCGGCCACUGUCCACUCACUCAUGUUGGAGACAUUCACAGCCUUGAGAAAUGGCAAAAAUGGGAGGGAGAUGAACGGGAAUGACGGCGGCUUAUUAAGAGUACAACAGACCAGACCGCUACCGAGCAUCAGUAACAUCAUAGGCCAAGGAGACGAAUCUGAACACUCUCCAACACUCCCUGCCAUUAGUUGUGCGAUCAACAAAACAGGCGAGCACGCCAGGAUUCGAACCUGGAAUCUUCUGAUCCGUAGUCAGACGCGUUAUCCAUUGCGCCACGCGCCCGCUGGGUCUGCCUUAUGUCAGAUGGAUACUGAAUAUGCGUUUGGCUCCACACUGGCAUUUUGCCGCACUACGUCUGACUAAUGCGUAGUUCCAAGUAUUCACCUCCAUUUUUACUUUAACUAAUGUUGACUUCCUUUUCUGCACCUCGGUGCCCGGAGGGGUUUCUUAUUGGCUGCCUCAAAAUACUAGCACGCGUUUGCCUCUUUUAUGGGCUCCGGUAUGUCUUAAUAACCACACUACGUGCCGGUCUGAACGAAGUGGUCGUCCCAAGCUAGUCGCAUUUGAGGCCAGUCCCUUCUUAGUUUUGCCUUAUGGCCAUCAAGCUGAUCUGCGGUCGUUUGGGAUAUAUUGGAUGUGGGAAAACGGAUUAGGGUUUAUGCAAGAGUACGCAUGUUUCUAGUGCCUCUCCAGGUAGUCGUGGUCGCCGUCGAGUUUGACGGACAAGCUAUCCGUGAGCAGCGUUACGAUGCGGAAUGGCCAUGGACGUUCCAACGUCUGCACCAGGCGCAAAAGAUUUUGCGAGACCGGUAUGAAUUAUACCAGUCGUCUCAAUUCUGUUAACCGCCGCACUUUUCACGAGAGAAGUACACGAGGUGCUACUUCCAACUAAAGCGAACUUUCCUGCCUUCUCAAUGAGUGACGGUUCACAAAUACCUCAGCUCUAUGCGAACAUUGAAGAUAAUACUCUCUUCUUGUCCAUUACUGUUGUUCCUUUUUCAAUGUCCUCUGUAGGUACACGGAAAUUUCGGAUGCUCUGGGCUGCAUGGAAGCAACUCUGCACUGGGGCCACCUGGCGCCCACCUGCCCAGACACGCUGUUUGGUUACCCGCUUGCGGACAGAGACCCGCUCGUGCUGCGAACAACCCUGCCUGAUAAGAUCGUGGGUGAGAAACGGGCGAGAGAACAGGACGUGUCAGUCCCCUCUCCCGACUACCCUGACAUCUAUGUGGUGGGCAAUCAAGCCACCGCGGCCUGGCGAAGGGCCUCGCUCUCGGCCUGGAGUCCGCGGACUACUGCUGAGGACACUGAGUCGAAGGGGGCCCUGAUGAUCUCCGUGCCUCGGUUUGAUAGGACGUACACUCUGGUUCUUCUCGAACUGCAGACAUUUCGCUGUCUGCCGGUGCGCUUUGACUUCACUGGUCUUGACCAGGAGAUGCAGGAAGAUCCUGAACAGGAAGAAGGGGGCACCUCCAUGGAUUGCAUCGACUCCUCCGUUGUUGAAUGA